CUUACCCGUUCCUUUCCCUUCGCUUCUCUCCGGGUUCCGGCAAGCGGCUUUCGAGGAUCGCCGAAACCGCCGGGGCGCGACGAAGUCGGAAGCGGUUUACCGACACGCUGGCGUUGAAAAACCGGUUUUCCGACCGCUCGAAGAGAAGUUGGGAGCCGGUCCGACAAAGCCGCAAAAUAUAAAAUUUAAGAGAAAAAAAAGGAAACGGUCUCGGCGACGAGUUUGGAGCUUGGUCACUCAAGUUCUCUUCUGCUCUCCAACGGCGGAAGCUUGAUAGAGCGGGGAAGACGCAAUCUGGAAGCGCGAUCAGGCGCUCUUUCUUGACCCGUUUAGCAGUGAAAGGGGUUUGCUAGGGAUUUUGGGGGCUUAUCUAUGCAUGGAAGGGAGGGAAGGCAUGACAUCUGGGGCGCCGGCGCCGGCGGUGACGCUGCCGGCGGAGGCGGCGGGGAGCUACCAACCACCGCAGCCACCGCCUCCGGCGCAGGCAGCGGUGGCAACGAGGGCGGCGAGCGAGGGCCCUAGCCAGGCGGGAGGAGUGACGACUGCGCCACCGCCUGGGGCGGUGGUGAUGGAGCCGGUGCCGGGGAGCGCGGCCACGGGGAUGGUGAAGAAGAAGAGAGGGAGGCCGAGGAAGUACAGGCCAGACGGGAGCUUGAUCAUGCCUCUGAGCCCGAUGCCCAUCUCGGCGUCGGUUCCUCCUGGUGAGUACCAUUCGAAUCCGGGGAUGAAGCGGGGUAGAGGGCGGCCGGGGGAUUUCGUGAAGAAAGCGCAGCGCGGAGUCGAGCUGGAAUCUUUAGGUGAAAUGGUUGCAUGCUCUGCUGGUGCAAAUUUCACACCUCAUGUCAUCACUGCUGCAGCUGGUGAGAUGUUUGAUGAGGAUUCAAUGCAGAGUAAGAUGGCUGGACCAAAAGUUCUAGUCCACCUCGGUGUACCAUAUCACUGUCCUUUCCAGAAAUCCCACUCUAUAGCCAUGAUGUCACUAUGAAGAUCAUAUCCUUUUCUCAACAAGGGCCUCGAGCAAUUUGUAUCCUGUCUGCUAAUGGUAUCAUUUCAAAUGUCACACUUCGUCAGCCUAAUUCAGCUUGGGGUACAUUAACUUAUGAGGGCCUGUUUGAAUUACUCUCCUUAUCUGGAUCAUUUAUGCCAAAUGAGAAUGGAGGGACAAGAAGUCGAUCAGGCGGCAUGAGUGUUUCUUGGCAAGCCCAGAUGGUCGAGUUGUUGGGGGAGGAGUGGCUGGUCUGAUGGUAGCUGCCAGUCCUGUGCAGAUUGUAGUGGGCAGUUUUUUGCCAGGCUAACCUGAUGGAGCAGAAGAGCAAGAAGCCAAAGUUAGAGACUACAUCAGUCUCUUUUCCGUCAGCUACUGUCCAGAUUCCCUGCUCGCGUGCAGAGGAGGCUUACAGUGGUGACCAAGGGACUAGCACUUCAGCAAUGCCGGAAGACAACUCAUGCCAACUACCUCCUUCAGAGGCAAAACUUGGUCUUCCUCUCCACCCUCCAGUACCUGAUGACACCAGGAACUUCCCUGCUGAUAUCAAUGCAUCCUAACCUGGAGAGUGAAUUCACUUGAGGCAUCAUACAUUGCUGACCUUGGGGGCUUCCAACUGAUCAGAACUUGGCACACGUUAAUGUUGGUUGCUUCAGCGGCAUAACAGAUACUGCAUUGGGGUUACUGGAGCUCUCGCACUUGUGCCUAAUUUAUCCUGUAAGCUCAGUAAUCUACAUUUUCCAACAGUAGAAUCAAAUAGCCUGUUUGUUUCAUAGGGCUCGUACUUGAUUAGCAAUUCAUGUGAUUGUAUCAUCCAGUACUGUCUAGCUUUGAUGAUUUCCUUUAUUCUAAUAUGCAACACUUGGGUUUUUAAUCAGUUAAGCUGGAGCCAAAUCUUUGCUUGUUUCAGUAAAAUUUCACUCUGUGUAACUGAAAUGAUUGUUACU